AAUCACCUUUGGCUAUAAGAAUCCCAUGGAACUUCCAUGUUUCUCUCUCUCUCUAAAGUGAACAAAUCUUAAUAGAUCAUCCUGUCCUAAAACUCCAACACCCCAUUUAAAUUGAAAUCUCCAGCCCCACCUCCUUAACCUCCCUGUUCUCUCAACCAAAUUCUUGAAUUCUCCUGAAGUUAAUCUAGACUUUUGCACAUACAUACAGAAAAGUACAAGAGCUAUACAAAGUGCCCACUUUGCAUAGAUAGUCUAAAGAAUGAUGGGGAAUGGAGAUCUGGAGAGAGGCACAGCAACAAAGAACAGAAACCAGAGCUACCCACAGACUUACUAUGCAGCAGGAGGGGGGAGAGUGUAUGAUAUGGAGUAUUCAGACAGCCAGUGGACUUCUUGGCUGGUGCCCAUGAUUGUUGUGGCAAAUGUUGCUAUGUUUGUGGUGAUCAUGUUUGUUAACAAUUGUCCCAAGAAUCAUGAUGGGCUUCAAGGUGAUUGUGUGGUUAAGUUUCUUGGGAGGCUCUCCUUUCAGCCCCUCAGGGAAAACCCUCUCUUUGGCCCCUCUUCUUCAACACUGGAAAAAUUGGGAGCACUUGAAUGGAACAAAAUAGUGCACCAGAACCAAGCAUGGAGGCUCAUAACUUGUAUCUGGCUGCAUGCUGGUGUUAUUCAUUUACUUGCAAACAUGCUGAGUUUGGUGUUUAUUGGAAUUCGUCUGGAGCAGCAAUUUGGAUUCAUACGAGUAGGGCUGGUUUACCUGUUGUCAGGAAUUGGUGGGAGCAUACUGUCUUCUCUAUUUAUUCAGAGGAGUAUAUCUGUUGGAGCUUCUGGUGCUCUGUUUGGACUUCUUGGAGCGAUGUUAUCCGAGUUACUUACCAACUGGACAAUUUAUACAAACAAGGCUGCAGCAUUGUUUACCCUGGUGGUCAUCAUCGCAAUUAACUUGGCUGUUGGAAUUCUUCCGCAUGUCGACAAUUUUGCACAUAUUGGAGGGUUUUUGAGUGGUUUUCUUCUUGGCUUUAUAAUACUCAUCCGGCCCCAGUUUGGUUGGUUGGAACAACGAAAUCGUCCCGCCGAGACUCGCCUGAAGUCCAAGUACACAUUAUACCAAUAUGUUUUCUGGAUCGUUGCCACCAUUCUGCUGAUUGUCGGAUUCACAGUGGGAUUAGUGAUGCUGUUUAAGGGAGAAAACGGAAACGACAAAUGUAGCUGGUGCCAUUACCUAAGCUGUGUGCCUACAUCAAGGUGGAGCUGUAACAAUUGAUUUUGGUAUCUCAGGAGUUCUGCUUUUCUAUAUUUUUGGCCUCCAUAUCGACUCCAACUAUAUUCUUUGCCAUACAAAAUUCUUGAUGUUUAUAUGCUGUAUCCCAUUGUACAUGCAUAAUACCCGACAUUGAUAAGGCUGUGCCCAUCUUGUUCCAUUUAACAGAUCCAAUUAUUGUAUUAACUCUACACAUCCUAAUGUAAAACUAUUCUUUUGUUGUAGUACAAGUUUGUUUUCCUAAUGUUGGAUUGAAGCAUGUCUUGUUGAA